CUUUACAACUGAUCAAUCCGCACCCUCAUCUUCAGCGCAACUAUCUUACUUAUCCUUUAUCUCCACAGACCAGUGAUUUCUCCACUACUAUAACGUCGAACUUGAGGGUCAUGAGUGUUCAACUCCCACAGAUCAUCCACCACGCCAUUACAUCCAUUUUAGAGGUCGACGAGAAAGACCCUAUCGUACGAUGUUGUGAAGGUCGUCCAGAGGAAGUCUCUAGAUUAUUGCUAGAGGAUCCCGCAAAGGCGAUCAAGGAAGCAAACUCCUGGCUCCAUGUUUUCCCCUACAAAGAUGUGGACGCGUGUUGGCUUCGACUCUACACGGACGCCAGUAUCCUGAAAGCUUGCCUUGAUAUUUGCGACGGACUGAACUUCCCAGGCACACUGAUGCUCAGAGAUGAGCCGAAGGAGUCCUAUAUUCGCCGUCUUCUCCAGGGGCUCACAAGCCUUGGCGACGACGAGGAGAUUCGCAUUGGCCCAGACGCCCCGUGGCUUACACCCGCCAUACACAUGCUUGAUCGAGCGAUCAUCAUGACUGGCGCGCCACUGCGCGAGGCUUUCAUUGAACUCCUGAUCAGUUCUUUGCAGACAGCAACCAAGUUGGGAUCGGAAAACGCAGCAGACAAUCAGCCCGAGCCUACCUUGCUCUUUUCCACCCUUUCAGCACCAGCACCUGAGAUUAAGUACCCUAUUCCUCGUGUCUCUCGUCUCUCAUUCGAACGGUUCCAGUCUCACAUCUAUAACGCUCGAACUCCCUUGGUGAUCACCGAUGCUGUGGGACACUGGCCCGCUUUGUCGACCCGACCAUGGUCUUCUCGCUCCUACUGGAAUGAUCGCACGUUUGACGGUCGAAGACUGGUUCCCGUGGAGCUCGGCCGAGCGUACACGGACAAGGAUUGGGGUCAAAAGAUCAUUCCCUUCGGAGAGUUCAUCGACAAAUACAUCGACCGGGACGAGGGUCAGGGUGGCCCGACCGGUUAUCUGGCGCAGCACGAUUUGUUGACCCAAAUUCCGGCUUUGCGAAAAGAUAUAGGUGUCCCUGAUUACUGUUAUAUCAAACCCCCUGGUCCGGAACCAGGUACGCCGUUAUAUUUGAAAAACCAGCUGGAAAUGGAAGAGCAAAAGGCAGCCGUCAAACCGCCGCAGAUGCAAGACCAGAUGGAGGCUGAUCCUGGCGUAGCCGAGUCUGGUUCCACGGCGGAUGACUUCGUGGAUGAUGAUAGCUCUAACGAUCCUGUCAUCAACACUUGGAUCGGUCCGUCAUGGACCAUCUCGCCCUUGCACCACGAUCCCUACCACAACAUCUUUGUCCAAGUGGUAGGGGCGAAAUACAUUCGACUCUACUCCCCACAUACUCCAGCAUCGCAGAUCUAUCCGAAGGGGAAAGAGGUUGUGAACGGAUCCUCGGACGAGUUCUCCGAUGAGGGAGAUAGGCAAGCUGAUCUUCAAAUCCGGAGGGAACUCGCCGCUGCUGCUGCCGCCAGUUGCCAUUCAUCGCCAGAGAUAGCUACGCAGCCAGAUGAGCAGGCCCAGCUCAUCGACAUGUCGAAUACCUCGCAGGUGGAUUUAACUAAAAUCGAGAUGUCACCGGCCGAGGCCGAGCAAUGGGAGGCUGAAUGGCCGGGGUUCCUGCAGGCAGAGUACGUCGAGACUGUGCUCAAGGAGGGGGAGUGCUUGUAUAUACCCGUGGGCUGGUGGCAUUAUGUGCGUAGUCUCCAGGGAGGUAUCAGCGUUAGUUUUUGGUGGGAGUAG